UUUGUCAUCAGUUGAUUAUCGACCAGACAGCAGUUAGGAGGUUUUUUUUUUACUGCAUUGCGGUUUACUGAAAUCCAUAGUUUGCGGACAACAUUAGUUAAACGAAAGAAACGUUGAACAAUAAAAUCUGAAUCCUAAAAUGGAUGAGCUAAAUUCGAUCUUAGAACAAUGUCGCGACAGGACGAAACAGAAGGAACAGGACGGGAUUUUGCUACAACCAUUUGUUUACAUUCAACAAAUUCCUGGUAAAAAUGUUCGAGCUAAACUAGCGAUCGCCUUCAACUAUUGGCUCAAUAUUCCCGACGAUAAAUUGAAAAAAAUUGGAGAAAUUGUACAAAUGUUGCACAAUUCCAGCUUAUUAAUCGAUGAUAUUGAAGAUAAUUCGAUUCUUCGUAGAGGAGUACCGGUAGCCCAUUCCAUCUAUGGUGUGGCUAGUACAAUAAAUGCGGCGAACUAUGUCUUCUUUUUGGCAUUGGAAAAAGUGCAACAAUUAGGUCAUGAGUCUGCAACACAAGUCUACACCGAACAAUUGUUGGAAUUGCAUCGUGGUCAAGGAAUGGAAAUCUAUUGGCGUGACAAUUUCACAUGUCCCACCGAAUCGGAGUACCAGCAAAUGACCAUUCGUAAAACCGGUGGUUUGUUCAUGUUGGCCAUUCGAUUGAUGCAAUUGUUCAGCGAUAAUAAAAGGGAUUUCUCUAAAUUGACCGCCAUUUUGGGGCUCUACUUCCAGAUUCGCGAUGAUUAUUGUAACUUAAUUUGUAAAGAGUACUCCGAAAAUAAGAGUUUCUGUGAAGACUUGACCGAAGGGAAGUUUAGUUUUCCGAUCAUUCACGCCGUCAACUAUCAGAAGCAAGAUCGACAGGUGUUACAUAUUCUGCGUCAACGAACUCGUGACAUUGAAGUAAAAAAGUAUUGCAUCAAUUUAUUGGACAAAUUGGGAAGUUUCAAGUACACUCGUGGCAUAUUGGACAAAUUGGAUCAAGAAGCUCGUCAAGAAGUGGCAUUGUUCGGUCCGAAUCCGUUUAUGGAAGGUUUGCUCGACGAACUGCUGAGUUGGAAAAGUUCCGAUGGAUCCGAUGAACUGUGAAGUGAAGCAUAUCUUUUGUAAUGAGCAGGGAAGGGAUCAAACACGAAAAAUCAGUCAAAACUAAUUAUCUCUGGGUAUUAUAAUGAAAUGCUAACGACAUUUUAGCUGGAUCGAAAAUGGCCAAAACAAUUCGCUUUAAUUUUUUGUUAUUUAAAAAAAAUAUUUUUUUCAACGAAACGUUUCAAAGAUAAUAAUUUAAUGAAAGAAAUGCAAGUGAAGGGGAAAAUUGUGUAACACUUUGGCCGUCUGACGGCCGGUUAAUUUAUAAAUUUCGUCUCAUUCAACACUGUAAUCAAAACACUUACAAUUCCAAAUAACUUCAUCAUUCAUAUCCGUUAGAGUAAAACUAAAUAGUUAAACAAACGAAGUAAAAGAUUUUCCAUGAAACCCAGACCGUCUUGUCUGAUUGCCGCUUCUGAAAUGGUUAUUUCCCAGUUACAAUUUUUCAUGUGAUUUCCCAGUGAAUAACGUACGGUUUUUUGAUGCUGAAGAAAUCGCGUUAGUAAUCGGUUAUUUUCGACACUAUCAAUGUCUACGACAGAAACUCUCAAAAUCUGGCGCUUAAUUCGAUUUACUCCCGCUGUCCAAAUUCAAAAUCUUCUACGGCCCAGCAUCAUCAACACUAACACUACAUUUCUUUACAUCGAAAAAAGUAUAAUGAUUAAGAAUUCACUCCCUCAAAAUGCUUAAAUUUUAGGAAAAUAUCUGGUGAGUCUUAGGAUUUUCAAGUUACAUGAAAUUUACUUGCCAAAGAUUAAGCUCCACGGCUUAUUUAUAUUUUGAGCACACGAAGUGAUGUUAUUUAUUUAUCAAUUCAAGAUCUCACACUUGAAAAAUUAUUUAUUUCCCUUGCCCUUAAAUCUAAAUAAAUUGUAAAAUGUUAUCACAGUUCAAGGUCUUUUACAAUGACAUUCGAGAUAGCAAGGUACCAUUCAAGUUACACAAACUCUUCUAUAUAUUGAUCUGAAAACUGUGAAGGACAAUUUCUGGACGAGAUGUCUACAAAUUGAAUUGCAUCCUACAGUCGUAAGUCACAGUAAAAUUGUUCCUAAAAAUUCAAUUACCAGUGCUCUGCACUUUACACUAAACGGUGAUGCUAUCUUAUCGAGAGAAAGAGAAAAAAUAACGUUGAUCUCAAUCCCGUCGACGAAAUGUGAAUAUUUGUGAUGCAAAUGGCUGAAUACAUUCUCGCAAGUGUUACAUGAUAUUCCUCCAACUACUUUUUAUUAAUGCCUAGACUGUAGUAGUCAAUGUUGUGAUUAUUUGUUUUUUAUUAAUAAAAUAAGGUUUAAGGCUUAAGGCUUACUAUACUUAUUAUGUACGAUGGUUGAACAAAAAAUAAAAUU